UUGGCAAAAAAAAUUCCAUCUUAGAAUGUGGGUGGUGGCCGCAGCGGCGACUCCCAACCACGAGUUCGACGGCCCCAACCCAAUUAAUCCUUUACCCUCCUCCACAAGCAAACCCAACGGCUCUAUUCAACCCGGAGUAAUGAUGAGCGCCUCUCUUCUCUUCUUCCCCUCCGUCUCUUCUCCUUCUCCACUCCUCUUCGCUCACUCUAAUGACUGGACGAAGCCGAGGAGAAGGCCAACAGUGGUCUGUAAGAGCAGCAGCAGCGAGAAGAGCGACGGUAAACCAGCGAAGGACGACGGCCGGCCGGCCUUCAAUCCCUUCGGCUUCGUGACAGACAACCCCUCCAGCCGGAGCGCCAUCCAGCUCCCGGAAUCGCCGGCGGAGGACGGCAACGUCGGCCAGAUGCUCUAUAGGAUAGAAGACAAGGGAAAAGAGUAUGGUUCUUACGUCAAAUCUGAGAAGUUGCGAUGGUUUGUGAGGGAAACAGGUUCAGUUGACAACCCACGUGGCACCAUUGUGUUCAUUCAUGGGGCUCCAACCCAAUCAUAUAGCUAUAGGGUAGUUAUGUCACAGAUGGCAGAAAUUGGCUACCACUGCUUCGCUCCUGACUGGAUAGGAUUUGGAUUUAGUGAUAAACCCCAACCAGGAUAUGGUUUUAACUACACAGAAGAGGAGUUUCACUCGGCGCUUGACAAGCUUCUUGAUGUUCUAAAUAUCACUUGUCCAUUUAUCUUAGUUUCUCAGGGAUUUCUUGUGGGUUCAUAUGGAUUGACUUGGGCCCUAAAGAACACAAACAAAAUAUUAAAGCUUGUAAUUCUUAACAGCCCGUUAAAUAUUUCAUCUCCUCUCCCUGGAUUAUUCCAAAAACUAAGGAUACCUCUUUAUGGUGAAUUUACCUGCCAAAAUGCUGUUAUGGCGGAGCGGUUUAUUGAAGCAGGUAGCCAAUAUGUAUUGAAAUUGGAGAAGGCUGAUGUUUAUAGAUUGCCAUAUCUAGCAAGCAGCGGACCUGGAUUUGCAUUGCUUGAAGCUGCAAGGAAAGCCAACUUUAAAGAUGUAUUAAGUCGAAUAACAGCUGGAUUUUCAUCUUCUAGCUGGGGUAAACCAAUUUUAAUUGCAUGGGGAGUAUCAGAUAAGUACUUGCCCCUUUCAGAAGCCGAGGAGUUUCAAAAGGGCAAUCCUGGUGCUAUAAAACUCAAGACCAUAGAAGGAGCUGGUCACAUGCCUCAAGAGGACUGGCCCGAGAAGGUUGUUGAAGCUCUAAGAGCGUUUCUGUAGACUCAAGCUGUCGAGAGUGGCUGGCCCAAGUAUUCUGUAAACAGAUCAGGAAUUCAUAGAUGUAAGAAAGGUGAGCAGAAUCAUGAUGGCUUGGAACUUAAGCUGCAAUGAGAUCACCGUACCAUUUUCCAGCUUUAAGACGGGGCUUCUCUAUAUAUUUUCUUUAAAUUAAGACUUGAAAUUCCUUUUAAGUUCUGUUUCCUCUGGAUGUAUGUGAAUAUAUUAAUGCAGAUGCAUAUUUAUUGCUUUUUGAAGAAUUUUUUGCUAAAUAAUAUGAGAUUAUUCUGAGAAUUCCUUUGUUAGAGUUGAAUUCUUAUGCAUGGAAUGAAAUGGCUUCGGGUUUA